AUGGAUGAAGCAAUAGACGAUAAUAAAAUCGAAUCUCAACCACCAAUAAUACAUGAUGUUGAAGAUUCUAUUGCAUCUCGUACGAAAGAAAUAACACAACGAGCAAAACGUGAACCUAUUCAAAUUCUACCACCAGCACCUAAAAUAAAAAAAGGUCAAAGAGCACAACAACGUAUAUUUGGUCCAAUACGUCGUUUUUAUUAUCGCACAUUUCGUACAGUUUCAAAACUAUGUACAUUUACUGAAGGUUUUGAUAAAAAACCAACAAUAUUUGUUUUACAUCAACUUAUUCGUAAUGGUAAUGCAUUUUUACGUGUAAAAGGAUAA